CUGUCUGGACCCCGUGGACUCGCGACCCGCUACCGACCAAUCUGCCCGGCACUCGCGUGCACCAUGUCUGGUUCCUCGAGCGUCACCGCUAUGAAGAAGGUGGUCCAACAGCUCCUGCUGGAGGCCGGGCUCAACCGCGUGGUUUCCCAGGCAGCCGCAGAUUUGAAACAAUUCUGUCUGCAGAAUUCUCAACAUGACCCCCUGUUGACUGGAGUACCUUCAAGUACCAGUCCCUUCAGACCCCAGAAAGCUUGUUUCUUUUUGUAGUAGAAUGAAUUUUGAAGGUAUUCUAAACCACUUUUCUUGAACCGGCGAAUGUUCAAAGAG